CGUUUCAAAGGCUGGGAAAGGUAGUUUUACCGGCUGGAUUGGGAUUCAACAUAAACUGCCUUGAAACUUUUAAGGAGGGGAGUUCUUCAUACUGAUUGAGGAGGUAAACCUCACCUCAGCUGCUGUUUGUGGUUAACAGAGAAUCUGAAGGAGCGGAGAUACCAUUCAUAAUAAAAGAGGAUUAUAUUUACAAACAUUAUCUGGUGGCAUGGUUGUCUUGCUGGCAUGGUACAGAGAUAGACAGCAAUGGAAUGAAUGUUAUUGCAGCUCCCCUCGCAGGACUAACCUACUGUGAUAAAAUAUACUGUAAAAGAACACUGAAGUCCAGACACUGGAGAAACAUUCAGGUACUGUUAAUCUUACAAUAAAAGAAAUGAAGCUGGAAGACUAAACUGACAGACUUUUAAGAUGGCAUGAUGGAUAAUAUAGACAGUUCCAUUCACGCCGAUCAGAAUGGAUUCGUUAACAAAGUGUUUAAUGCUUCCUUAGACUUAGAGAACGCAAAAGGCACAAUGAAAAUCUGUGAGGCGGACCUCUGUGACCCAAAGGAUGUGGGUCAGGGCCUUGGCAAGGAAAAAAGUCAAUUUCAAAAGAAACCUAAAAACUCUGGGAUUUGGAGGAUCCUCAACAGGAGGAAGACAACAACUGGUUAUGAACAAAGGCCACAUUCCAUGAUUCUUCCAGGGGAGUCCUCAGUCCCCAAAUUAUCAUUCGUGGACAAAAUACGAUUCUUCAAAAAGCUGAGGUCUACCUCAAGAAGCAGAGGAAACAGACACUCAGAAGCCUCGACAAUCAACACUGUUCUGAAAGUAGAGGGAGACCAAGAACAACUGCAUAGCUGGGACUACUCAGCUGAGAUUUAUUCCAAUAGACUUUUGACCAGACACAAAGUUUUCCGGCACUCUUAUGGAGGCCACAUCAGGGACUUGGACUGUUCAUUUGAAGAUGUAGAUUUAACCAGCCCUUCUGAAAAUGCUAUCGAUGAGAACAACUGGCUCAGGGACAUCUGCAGACAGCAAAAUGGCAGUGGGAACACUGAGAGAAUAUCCAAUGGGAAGAGAACUCCUCCCGUUUUCUCAAACAGUAACAGUUCAGCAGUUUGUCAAGAGCAUGUCCUUAGGGAUUGCCCAAAGACCCCGCAGGGAGGAAGAAGGGCCAAGGGUGCGGACGUCUGGAGCUACUUGAAGAACAUUUCUUUAAUGGGGAAAGUGAACUCCGGCAUGGCGGAACAAAGUAUUGAUUCUGAAUUCCAAACCUUGGACAACACCAUUGAUUCAGACUUCGCCUCCACCGACGAUGGAGAUCCCAACCCCCCACUCAAAAAGUCCAGCGAGAGCAAAGGCAGCCAUUUCGGUGGGCUGUUCAGGUUUUUUAGCAGUAUAACACAAACAGCAAGAAGGUGGAGGAGCUCUGCCAGGUCCUCCACACAGCCUGCGCAGUCCCCUCUGGGAACCCCCUGCGUACCGAGAUCGGGAGUCUUGGCUCAUGGCUUGUCUUUACACUUAGGGAAUGAACAUCAGCCCUUGCCACCAACAGCCAAGUCUGUUCUGUCUCCAGACUCUGGGCUAUGUGACGCCCUAACUCCGGCAACGUUAUCAGGAGCCGAGUCCCCUCAAGUAGCUAUAAAAUCAAGGUCCACUGAAGAUUCACUGAGCCCCAAUGUUUACUCCCCUAAAAUGACAGCCGAACCUGAAGCUCUUUCAAGUGUACCUCAGGGAUCUAUCAGUACCCCAACUUACGGCAGGGACCAUUCCUCAAGUGAAGGGGGGAUUCACCUUGUGAACAGGACAAGGCUGGAUAACACCCUUCUCCAGGAUUUGCACAAUGAAGGAAAAGACACUGAAGACCAGUCUGUUUUAAAGGGGUUCUCAUGUCAUAAACAGGAGCAGCAGGGCUACAAUACUGACACAACCAGGGAACAUGGAUUACAGAAGGCAGCGGCGCUCAAACACUCAGGAAGGCAGGAAGAAAAGGAUCAGGUGGAAGACCCAUCUUUGGAGAAUGAAAAUAAGCACCUUCAAACACCAACUGAUGCCAAUAGCAGCCUAUCGGAUUCAAAGGUCACUUCCCCAAAAAGGAGGAAGCGGCGCCCAGCAUCAGCCUACAGCAUGAUGUUAAAUUUGCAGUGUCCCAUCCCUGAAGAGGGGUCCAUUGUGACAUCAGAACCCAAGCCUGCUGAGCAAGAUAACAGCGUGGGCCUGCAGAACUCUCCAAACAUUCCGUCUAAGUUCCAGGCGAAGAGGCCCCUUGUGAGACAGAGACCCCACUCUGUAAUAGAGGGCGCUGCCGUGGACCAUGCAGAUGUUCUACAUCCACCCAGACCCAUGUCUCGUCCUCCUGGACUCUGCCCUCAGGACCCCCAUUUCGGUGCCGCUGCACUGCAGAGGUGUUGCUCCCUUCCCCUGUCCCAGAGCACUCCCACUGGGCUGGAUGAGAUGGGGUGGAGGGGACACACGCUGCACAAACCAGCUGAGGCUCUGCUGGGUACGGAGACCGCGGGGGUGCGUGACAGAGGCGGCGGCGCCACAAUCAGGAGAAGACUGCUGAAGCUGGGAGCCGAACAACUUCAAGUUAAUAAAUUGAUCAGUGGUGGUUCUCUCGUCAGUGCUGAGGCAGUAUGGGAUCACGUCACCAUGGUCGACCGGGAGUUGGCAUUUAAAGCAGGAGACGUUAUCAAGGUCCUUGAUGCAUCCAAUAAAGACUGGUGGUGGGGACAGAUAGACGACGAGGAAGGAUGGUUUCCUGCCAGCUUUGUGAGGGUUGAAUCCUCCCCUCCUCAUCCACAAACAAAAUCGAAUUUCUAUAUCAACCCGUUAGCAGCCUCGAGAUAUCAAAAUACAACUUCCAAGCUAUGGGUAAACCAGGAAGAUGGUGUGGAUGCUGCAGAGGGGACCAGCGAGGUCCAGAAUGGCCACCUGGACCCCAGCAACGACUGCCUGUGCCUUGGCAGGCCGCUACAGAACAGGGACCAGAUGAGAGCCAAUGUGAUCAAUGAGAUCAUGAGCACGGAGAGGCACUACAUCAAACACCUGAAGGACAUCUGUGAGGGUUACCUGAAGCAGUGCCGAAAGCGGAGAGACAUGUUCAGCGACGAUCAGCUAAAAGUGAUCUUCGGGAAUAUCGAAGACAUUUACAGAUUUCAGAUGGGCUUUGUACGGGAUCUGGAGAAGCAGUACAACACUGAGGAGCCUCAUCUUAGUGAAAUCGGGCCUUGUUUUCUAGAACAUCAAGACGGCUUCUGGAUUUACUCCGAGUACUGUAAUAACCACUUGGACGCAUGCAUGGAGCUCUCCAAGCUAAUGAAAGAUGGCAGGUACCAGCAUUUCUUCGAAGCCUGCCGCCUGCUGCAGCAGAUGAUCGACAUCGCCAUCGAUGGCUUCCUCCUCACGCCUGUGCAGAAGAUCUGCAAGUACCCCCUGCAGCUGGCAGAGCUGCUCAAGUACACAGCCCAGGACCACAGUGACUACAGAUACGUGGCUGCAGGCCUGGCUGUCAUGAGAAAUGUAACCCAGCAGAUAAACGAGCGGAAGAGGAGACUGGAGAAUAUCGACAAGAUCGCACAGUGGCAGGCCUCUGUCCUGGAAUGGGAGGGUGAUGACAUUCUGGACAGAAGCUCAGAGUUGAUCUAUACUGGGGAGAUGUCAUGGAUUUACCAACCAUACGGAAGAAAUCAGCAGAGAGUUUUCUUUCUGUUCGACCACCAACUGGUCCUCUGCAAAAAGGACUUGAUACGGCGGGACAUUCUCUACUACAAGGGACGCAUCGACAUGGACAGGUAUGAGGUGAUGGACGCGGACGACAGCCGUGAUGAUGACUUCCACGUCAGCAUCAAGAACGCUUUCAAACUGCACAACAAGGACACAGAGGAGAUCCAUUUAUUCCUCGCCAAGAAGCUGGAGGAGAAGCUACGGUGGCUCAGAGCGUUCCAUGAAGAACGCAAGAUGGUGCAAGAAGACGAGAAGAUAGGGUUUGAAAUCUCAGAGUAUCAGAAGAGACAGGCAGCUAUGACUGUGAGAAAAGUCAGUAAACAGAAAGGUGCGGGCCAAACAAGGUCAGUUCCCCCCUCCUACCCCCCUCCCCAGGACCCAAUGAAUCAGGGACAGUUCUUGGUGACUGACGGAAUGGUCCAGAUGGCCCAGUCCCAGGUAUUUGAGUUUGCGGAACCCAAACGGAGCCAGUCUCCCUUCUGGCAAAACUUCAGUAGGUUAACGCCGUUUAAAAAAUAGAAGCAGCAAGGUUUUUUUAGAAGGACUACCUUAUUUUUUUGAGAAGGACUGUACUGCAAAAAAAAAACUAAAAAAAAAACUGAUCAAUAACUUAGCAGAUAAAAAGGAACAAUGUGAUUUGGAAUGCUACUGAUUUCGUAAAGGCCUGCCGGACUAUUGCUACCACUACCAUGGAUCCUGGAACUUGCAAAAAUCCUUGACCGAAACACUCUGGUGUUUUUUCAGAUCCUUUUCUUUUCUUGUCGGCUUUGCCCUUCAGGAAACAGAACAGGACAACAUCAUUCUUCUUCUUAGCGGGAGAACUGCGUCAACACAUACGAUCUAAAAAGAAAAAAAGAGAAAAACCAUUUCAAUAUUCGUGCUAUUCUGAGUGCGCUUUGUAGUGCACUGUGCUAUGGACGGGCAUUUCUGUUGCUUUUCUUGUUUCUCGCUGUUUUUUGGGGAUGUCAGUAUUAUUACGUGGCAGGCUGUUCUGGCUGAGCAAAGCAAGGUUUAGUCUGGUAAUAUUUUAUUACAUAUUUUAAAUGUUCUGUUACUACUGAGUACUGCAUGGAGUGGUCAGUUCACAUGCAGGUAUUAUAUGUGCAAGGGUAUUCUGAUGGGUCAAGGAACCAAAUCAACACCAAUAACUAUGAUUUCUUAAUGCUAUAUAAUGCUGUCGACAGGGUAUUUUUUUAUUGAGGGACCAGAGUAACUUUUUUUUUUUGGUUUACAUGUUAUACAGGGAUUCUAUUCCAAGCAAAAUAAACAGAGGAUACUUUAUACAUGUAGCUACUGUGUAUACAUUAACCUCUGCUGGAUUCAGCUCCCUCCAGUUGCAUUGUAGUUCCAUUCUAUAUUUUAUUUCAUUAUCUACAGUAGCCCUUCUGCAGAUCACUCUCUGCACAUUAUGAGCAGGACUUCGGUUGCAUUAACGGUGCUUUUGCUGCAUUAAUGAUCUUUCACGUUGACAGCCACGAUUCUGCAUGGAAGUUGACACGUGUCACAGACGGCAUGCACGGGACCUACAGUACAGUGUAAAGCAAAAGCAUGCAAAGAGCAAUGCAAAACAGCGUCCUGUGUGUUGUGUGUCAUGCAGCUCAGCACUGAUAAUAGAGAAUGAAACAGGCUCUGAAGUACAAUCUGGAUGAGUUGGCAAGCACAGUGCAAGAACUCGUGGGUCUUGUGUAGACAUCUUCAUGAUCUCUGCAGUGAGCUAUUUCUUUAAUAGUGAUGUAUCUCGUCCGAAAUUACAAAGUAAUAAAAAAAUUUAAAAAAAAUAGAUAGAUAGGUGUUAUUAAAAACUACCCCAGCAACAUUUUUUCUCUGUGCAUGAACAGCUAUCUAGAAAUAUCUGCUGGCGAGGGUAAUGCCAACGGCAACCAAGCAACCUUCAUUAACAUGCAUACCCCAAGUUCAUAGACUCUAGAUAACCCCAGAGCUAAAAAGCAAGCUGGUCCUAAUUAUCCAGAUUUCACUAACAAUUUGUGAAGACCUCAGGUUAGAGUCAGAGUAUUAGUGCACAGUGUAUUACAUACUGUCAGAUUCCAGUAUAAAGUGCAUUGCUGACAUGCAACAGUGUCUGCUGACUUUGCACUUGUGUUUCCUAAUUGAAUCUUCCAGAAAGUACUAUAGAGCAGUUAGACCCUGUUCUACAAACUUUAUUAUAAUUGUUAUCUUAAAAAAAAAAGGUUUGGUAUUUUUCUGUUUGUAUCUGUUUUAAAAAAAGGAUUUGGAGUUUAGUGCAGUAGUCUGCAAACAACAACGGAAUUAAAAAUGUUUUGGAAAUAAUAUGCAUCUUUUUAAACACCCCUCUCUCACUGCUAGAAAAGUGCUGCACCAAAUAUACACAAUUUAAAUUCCAUUACUAUAUUUAAUAAUAUGAUAGCACAAUUUAUAUAUGACAUCCAUUCUUGUGUUUACGUUUCACUUACAAGCAUAUAUAAUAAUAAUAAUAAUAAUAAUAAAAUUGCCAGGUAAUCCUAGGUCUCUACGCAGCAGUUUAAAUUCUUAAUGGUGUGGUACCACACAGUAUUGAUCUUGGUUCAGAUCUUGAUGUGAUUGGUAAAUACUAUUCCGUGGGGUUAUUCUGGUCAGAUUAUUUUGUUUAAUUUAAUUUGAUUAGUGAAGUCAGGUUAAUGCCUGGCCUGAAUUUCUAAAAGACAUGCUUAUAAAUAAUUGUCAGCCCAGUUACAGUUAAUUUCUAUAACCCCAGAUUAUAUUGUUAUCCCAGUUAAUCUAUUAUCUGUCAGGAAUGCAGCGUCCACAUCUUUAGUCACUCUAAGUAAAGUUAGAGAGAGACGCUUGCAAGGGGUUGCCAGAAUUAUGGUAAACCUUUAAUCAAUAAAAAGCUUUUUAUUUUUUUUAAUCAUUUGGAAAUAUAACAGCGCUUGUCUGCAAUGAGUGAGUGAUUCUGUAAGCAGACUCAGAAUGAAUAAGAACAAUAUACACUUUGCACAUUAAUCAAGUCCCCUAACUUACAAAAGUAAUCGUAGUUGAGUAAAUUAAUAACCCUUAUAGUAAUUAUGAAUGACCUUACAACCAACACGCAGCUAAACCAUGUACAUAUUGUAAAUAUAAAAGAGCAUAUAUUUAAAUAUUUGUAUUUUAUGUAUUGAAUAUAUACCUUAAGUUACAUGCUAGUUUUGGUUUCAAGGUGACGCAUGCUAAUGGCAUUGGAGGUUCUGCAUACAUGACACAAACAACAUCAUUUUUUUUUUUUUUUUAUUUCAUUUUGUUGUUUCUUUUUCAGGAUAAUCAUAUAAUCCCAUUCAUUACUGUAGUGCUGCAACGUGGCAAAAGGAAUUCCUAAAAAAAAAUCAAAUUACUUAUUAUUUCAUUAUUAUCUUGCAACUGUUGAAAGUGUAAAGGAUCUUCAACUUUCAUUUGUCUUACAGUAAAAACAAAAAUACAAUUGAUGCUCUCCUUGACUAGUUCUAUAUAAAGACCAGCACAGACCUGUUAUUACAGUCUUGCUGCUGCCUGCUAUUUAAACCCAUUCACUACAUUUUAACUGUGUUAGGCUUAAAUAUAGGUUUAAACCAUUAAUUUACAAUCUGUGUAUCCAGGACACUGUUAGGGCAUGGUGGAAUUGUAAUGCCAAGUAAAACAGUGUAUUCAGAUAUCUGGAUCUCUCGUUGCUGAAAUUUUACUCGACAUUGUCAGCACAGCAGCUCAGUCUAGGUUUAGGCUUGCUAUGUUGGUUUAGCUGUGCUAGAUGAACCCAACGUUUGGAAAUUUUAAAAACUCCCAGCACAUACCACGCUUAGUAGUUGAUUUUAAAUAGGCAGGUUGUCUCUGAACCAGAUUAAUAUCUACAUAUAUUUAUUAAAGACAAUUAUGGGAUAAGUAGUGAGAUAUUUUACCAGCCUAUCAAAACAAAUAAUAUCAAAGCAAAAAAUAACGAAAAACACAUGAGCUGUUUAAAUCUAACGUGAACCCCACAAUACAAACACUUUGAACAACCAAGCAAGCUUCAGGGUUUUCUGCCUUUACCAGCACACAGUAUUGCAUUCUCCCAUUCCUGUUUGCCCUCUGCUGAAUACCUGCCCUCUUCAUUUCAAGAAGACUUUUUGCUAGAAGCACAGUGACGGGUCGAGGCGAGCCAUAGGCGGCAUUCUAAACCAAAGCCUGCAUGUCAGAAAGCAUUUUUUUCAUGAUAAAGUGCCAUUUUUGUCAUGUUGCAUGGCAGUUUUUUUUUUUUUCAGAAAAAUCAUUCUUGUUUCCAAUUUUUCUCUCUAGCAAUUAGGUCCACAAAGGUUAUUACUAAAAACCGUUGUGAAUAAAAGCUGUUAGUAUGAAUUAAAGGGAACUUAGAAGCUAGAAACAAAAGUAUAUAUUGAAAAGGGAACAGGGGUUUGUAUUCACUGCAUAGGAAGAAAUAAUGUAUUUUCUAAAGAGAAAUCAUAUUACUAGAUAUAGUUUAUAAAGAGCUUAUAGUGUCAGUGCCAAAUCUCUUCAAGGACCUUGUAGUAUCUUAAAAUAAAUAUUUCUUAAUGAAACCAAGUUUGACAACUCACAGUUGCACUGCAGUUGCGGUAGCCAUCUCAAUAUCUUCAAGAAUCAUCGAUAUGCCUCAAACAAAUAUUGAAAGUAAUGUUUGGUACAUUGUAAAUAGUCACAUAAGAAAAUAUAUGUCUGCUUGGUGCUGUAAUGUUACAGAAACAAAUGUUCUCUAUUUUUCGUUUAUGGAUUUUAGAUAUAGAAACUUUGUAAUUUGGUGAACUGUUAUCAGUGUUGUAUACAAAAGAAAACAAAUAUCAAUAUUUAACAUUGAGCUGACUGAAUAAAUGAUGCAUACUUAAAGUUAUUUUUAAAUGAUUAUUAUUAUUAUUAUUAUUAUUAUUAUUAUUAUUAUUAUUAUUAUUAUUAUUCCAGCUAUUUUCUUGAUUGAUUAACUGAGCACAAUUUUAAAAGGUAAAACAUGUUAGUAACAAAAAAUGUGAACUGGCGGAUUAUCAUUCAACAUGCAAAUAAAAUGUAUUAGCAAGAUUUUCUAUUAAUUUGCCAACAUUUAUCUGACCCACGACUGUGCAAGUAUCUUGUAAGAGGGUAACCGCAGCAGUUGUCUGCUUCCUAGCGUAUUCCAUUCUUUAUUCCCAUUAUUCUGAUUCUGCUUAUAGAACGAAAGACCUCCAGUGCGCGUCUCCAGACUGAAGAAGAACUUUUCAAAGUCGAAAGUCCAGGUUUUUAUUUCAACCAGGCUCCGAAUGAGAAUUUUGAACUCUGCUUUGCCAUGCACGUGGAAUUGAAACAGUGAUCCCAGCCUGAGACAAGCCUUCAGUACAUCCCUGAUAUACAAGCAUGUAAAAGCAUUUAUCAUGUGGCUACUGGACCAAAAAUCAUAAUGACAUAAUGACAAUGGGACCGUAGCUUGACAUCCUUGUAUAUGUCUAACCCAGCAAAAACUAAUGAUUUGUCCUAAUGUACAGCCUUGCGCGAGGCCCUGUUUUCCCAUUGGAGACUUGCCUGUUUUCCCCCUUAGCGAAACACACAACUGGAAGCUUGCUGUACCGGCAAACCAUAGAAAACACGAAGCCAUGUAUGUCAUAACAGGCACACAAACAAAAGAAGGGGUUUUUGGUUAGGCUUGGGGGAUGUCAUGUCAUUAUCAUUGCAGUCUAAGAUCAGAGCAAGGCUCACUGCUGAGCUGUCUCUCCAAACUGUGCCAGCUCCCUGUUCAAAGCCUACCUAUUCUCUCACUCUGCUAUGAGUCAGAGCACUGGAAGCACAGGCAUCUAAAACAACACUUUCUCUAUAAACCUUACAUCAAAAAGCAGUGGUGUGGAAAGUGCAUUGUUUACCGCAAAACGCCCGCAAGUUAUUUUGAACCUCUUUAUAUCCACAGGCACUUCUUUUUUUUUUUUUUUUUUUGGUUUAGGAGACUCAAAAUAGGAGGCCAUAAAGUAUAUACCACUCUUGUUUUGCGUAAUUAAGCAUCAUUGUAAAUGGCCGUAGCAGAAUAAGCCAAACUGGUUACCAGAGUGGCUCACCUUGUGAAUGCCUGAUCUUUGCUGUGGAUUUCACUAGGAGUGUUGCAAUUUCUCUGUCGCUUCCACAUAAUGGGGAGGCACAGUCAUGGGAUCAGAGGAUGCCCACUGACCUUCAGUUCACCUGAGCUGUUGUGGAUGAAUUGCUGCGGUACAGGAACAUAAUUGGACAUUCUGAAUGGCAGAGCACAUGGUGACAAAAUAUUCAAGAUAUUCCUGGAUUCUUAAACAUGUUUAUAAUGUUGGAUUUUCUGUAAGUUAUAACAUGUAACUUGUUAAGUUGAUGUAUACAGUACAUUGUACAAUACCAGAGUUCUGAAGUUUCAAUGUAUGUUCUUUUACCACUUGUUUAAUUGCUACACAAUUAAAUAUGCUGUCAGUCAUGGUAUUAAAGUUGCUUUACAGUUUUCUUUGCCUUAAUUCCCCUUAUCUGACAGGCCUGACAGGGGAAGAUUCCACGGGAGAAUUUAAAACAUGCAGAGAAAAUGAUCUCCUUCAUUGAAAGCGCACAAUAUAUAUUUUUUUCUGUGUUGGAUCUUUGAUCCAUUUACUUUUGAUGUUCGAAUGCAAAUAACGUGACUGGGAAAGAUAAGCACAUUUACAAUUGAAAGAGCAAUAUUUAAAGACAUUUUUAUAAAGUUCAGUGCAUGUAAAUGUGCACUAGACUGCUAGAACAGUUUCAUGCAUACUAACAGGUUUGUACAUCAAAAAAGACACGGAAUAUAUAUAUAUAUAUAUAUAUAUAUAUAUAUAUAUAUAUAUAUAUAUUUAAUAGGGCCAAAUAACAGGAAUGUCUUAAUUAAAAGUGAGAUUAUUUUAAAGUUGAUGUAGGUUCAAUUUGAGAUUCCUAAACAUCAUGACAUCUUUAAUAUACUGUAGGCUAGAUUCUCAAAUCUUCAGCAGCGUAAUUGUUAUAUGAAAAGAAAAGAAAAAACACCAUUACAAUGCUAAAUCAAGUAACUCCAUGCUACUUACAAGUUUCUGAGUUAAAAGUCUUAGUUGUUUAUAUCUGGUUUGGUAACUUUAUUGGGCUUGUUUCUAGUUUUAAAAAAAAAAAAAAAACUAUUUACAAAAUGUCUACCAUAAGAGCUUUCUAAAAAUGGAAAAGACUGAAGUGAAAGCUUGUGUCUUGGGUCACAAAUGAGAAUAUUUUUUUAAAUAUUAAUAAUAUAUAUGCAAUAGCUUUGCCCAAUGCUGAUGCCAUCAAGAAACCAAGGAAAGGAGUUUCUGACACUGACACCUGUGCACUUGUAUACCCCAGUGGCACUGCCGUACUUGUCCUGGGGCAUAAACCAGUUGUACAAUGUGCUGCACACCGCUGAGUCACUUGUUUAUUUUCUUCUAGAAGGGCUAGUAUGGUCAGGGCAAUUUUGAAAGUUGGAAUUAUUAGAUUGCAAAACAUUUUCCAAUAUUCAUCAUGAUUUUAUCCCAGUGGUCCACUGACACAAUCAUAAGUACAGUAAUAUAAGUUUAAAUGGUUUAAAAUAUAUAAAUUAAUUUGAAGAUACUGUAACUAAAAUUAAAUAAAAUUAUUGCACUGACAGUAUUUAUUUGGUUUGCCAUGCUUUGCUACAGAGAUCACGAGAAGCUUCGGAUUACAGGGUUGACACUACAGUAGAAAAUAAUGAAAAAAAAAAGCACAUAAAAAGCCUUUCUGGUCAAACAGGUUGUAUUGUAUUCACACGAGAUAGACUUGUGGACCCACGCUGCUUACAGUCCUGUUCUGCAUUAGCAAGAUAGUUAAGAAUACUUCUUUUUGAAAGUUUUGCUCCACACUUUGUAUUAUAUUAUAUUCCCUUUAGUUGCCACUUCACUGUUCUGUUGCUGAGGCCUUGAAUCCUGUGAUAUGGACUUCAACCGUUCAUCAUGUUUUCUUGUUCCGUUAGUAAGACUUAAGCUUAGGUGUUUUCACUGUUAAAGCAAUCAAGAAUUAUUUUAAAAUUUUUAUUAUACUCCUGCUGCUUAUAUUUUCCUGUGAAAAUGUCGAAUAAUAUUUUGUUUUCAGGCGUUUGUGCUUCUCCUUCUGUAAGUGGCUAGAUUCAAAUUUUGUUAUGUUUUGUACGUGUAUUUAAAACAUUAUGUUUACAAUAAACGCUUUAAGCUGUUUCAA